AUGAUGGAACUCCAGCCCGAUGACAACGAGGGUCUGCGUAUCAUUGACUUGACCGGGACGCUACUGGACCAGAGCUACGUAGUACAAAUGUGGAUAUUGAGAAACUGCGUCUUCGUAUGGAUAGGAUCAGCAGCUGAUAAGCCACGCCUUGGAUCCUUAUCAACAGCGAUUGCUACUCGCUUCAGCCCUAUGCCACUCAUCACUUCCAUCGUAGGACUGCCGGAGAUGGAGGAGCAGCAGAUUGCGCAACGACUGGCGCGAUGUACUGGACGACAAUGCUUUGUAUCAUGCCAGCUUCCCGAUCACGUGCCAGAACUCUUUGCUUACGUCGAGAAGCAGAUCACUAAGCGGCUGACGGAGGAGGGGGUCGUAAAGAACAAGGGAACGAGCUACGGGACGUGA